AUAUCCCUAAAUUUUUUCCUUGUUUAAAACCGGUCGGGUCGUGUGUUGUGUUUGUACUAUGCUCGUUACUCUCCCAGAAAUUGUAAAUGUGUGUAUUUUUAUUUGAUUGAUUGAGAGAAACAAAAAAGAAUAAAAAAUAACAACAAUAUAAAAGUAAAUAAAAUAGAAACAAAAGAAAGUAGAAAAAAUUAUAACAAAAUAAAGAAGAUAUAAAUGAAAGUAGGAAGAAAUUAAAAGUGAAUGAUUUUAAUAUGAAAUAAAAGCCAACCAGCCAUAUGUUACUUGCUGAGGAUUGGCAAUUUUCUAAGGAAAUGGUUUUGUUGUGUUUGUUGUAGAGAGAAGGCCGUCAAAAGCCAUCGAAAUCAAGGUGUUCAAAGUGUAGUGUCUAGCUGGAGAAGAGUUGUAAAAACGUUGGAGGAUGACCAGGUAAAAGCUGGAAUGUGAAUCCUAAAAUCCAAUAUCCAGCCAAACAACGUACCAGAUAGAUAUGUACAUAAAAAAUAUACCCCGCUCCCGUGUGAUACUCCGCCAGACAUCAGCCAAGUGGUGCUGCGUUUGAAAGCCAAAACGAUUGCAUAUUUUUCCGUGGUGCGCAAUUAUUAUUUUUUUCUUCUUGUGUUGAGUACGAGACAACAACGCUCAUUUUUUGCUUGUUGUUGCUGUGAUGAAGUGGUGGGAGGAAAGGUGAACUAGUCGGGGUAAAGUGAAUAGUGGAAAUGCAAUGUUUUCCUGCUAAAACUGGAAAGUGUAAAUAUUGGUAUUGACACCAAAAAAGCCAAGCCAAGCCAAGUGGUGACCACCAAGGAAAUAAACAAAUAAUUUCCUUAAAUUCUUUUUUUUUUUUUUUCAAAAAAGUGCCAAAUUAAACAAGGAAGCCAAAUGGAAGAAAUUUAAAAAAAAAAUUGUGAAAAAAAUAAUUUUCAAUAAAUCCUAAAUCUUCUUGUUGAUCUAUGAUUGUGUGUGUAUGUGCGCCAUUGGAGUUGUGUAGAUGUGUGUAACUCGUCCUACCACUGCGCUGCAAAUGCUUCUCAGCAAACGUCGCUGACCUUCUGGAUAUUGGAUAUUUUGCCAGCCAGCCAAACAAGCUGCCCAAACGGCUAAACAUUGUCCCUUCUUCAUUGCAAAUUUUGUACUCAUCUCCCACCCUGCCUUCGUUUGUCCCCCCCUCCAAUCUUCAAGCAUGCACAGCAGCGUGAAAUAAGAAAAAUGUAAACUUUUCCCUUUUUUGCAAUGCAUCAAACCCAGCCGGGCCACCAAACUAAAUGUGGACCAAGGGAGUAGCAGCAUGUGUGUAAUCAACAUUUUCAGGAUCAGCAACAGCACUAAAAGAAGUCAAUUGAUUUUCUACUUUGCCUAAAAAGCCAAGCCAGUCAAUAAGCCAUCCAAAUGUUUUAUACAACAAAAACUAGAACAACAACAGCAACAAAAACAACCAGAAUUUUAAGACACCCAUGUGUGCGGACCAACAACGAUAAUUUACUUUAAUUUGAACGAUUGAACAAAAAAAUUAGUUUUUGGUGCAUAGACACAGCCAAUGUCAAUGUCGAAUAACGGCAUAAAUAGCGCUGCGAAUGGGCGCACAAAUAGUGCCAACAAUACAACAACAACAGCAACAAAUGUUCAUGCCAUUCAUACAACAAAUGUCCAAAUUGCCAAUAAAACCACAAACCACAUGGCAGGAAGCAGUAGCAAUAGCGGUGGUGGUGGUGGAGGAGGAGGAGGAGGUGGUGCAGGUGGCGCCCAAGCCAAAACGUCAAUUAAUCUUAAAACAAAUGAUAUUCGGGCCAACAUUGUAACACUGCCGGAUGGAAAACCAACCACAACAACUGGACACCAUCACAUGUCCUUGAAAUCGAAUAACAACGAGCAUCAUCAUCUUCAUCACCCCCAACAACAGCUGCAACAACAGCAACAACAAUAUGUAAAUAUUAAAAAAUCCACCAUGAACUCGAAUUCAUCAUCCUCCUCCUGCAAUACCGCACCUUCUUUGGUGCAUGUAAAUAAAUUACCCACACACCGACGUGAUAGUUCUAAUGUGAGUGGCCAUAAUACCCAUACGGGUAUUGUGCCACAAAGCCUAAAAGAUGCCUCUAAAUAUAGAUAUAUACGACCUCAAACCGUGUAUCGGGCCGAGGAGACGGCCAGCGAUGAGGUGGAUCGUGUGAUCACCACCACAACCACCACAACACCCUACAGCAAUGAGGGCUUGAAAAACGAUCUGUUGGUCUACUAUGAUGGCCAGUUGGAGGGUGGCAGUCUAGAGGCUUUGAUCGAACACAUGGUGCCCACCCAUGACUAUUAUCCCGAUAGGAUUUAUACAUUUUCAUUUUUGCUAAGUGCGAGGCUAUUUAUCAGACCCCAUGAAUUGCUGGCCAAGAUAUCACAAACAUGGGAGAAACAGCAGCAGCAGCAGCAGCAACAACACCAACAGUCUGGUACUGUUCUUCCGUCAGCUGCUGCUGCUGCUGUUACUGUUAAUCAAGAUCAGGUGGACGAUGCAGGUCAUUUUAAUCAAACUUCGGCAACAAAUUCUCCUUUGGUACAAAGAAAACCUUCGAACAGCCAAACAGGAGUAACAAACACCCAGAAAUCAGCCCAAAAUUGUAUACGUCUGCUGGCGGAAUGGAUCGAAACAUUUCCCUAUGAUUUUCGCGAUGAACGUCUAAUGCAACAGGUGCGCAUUUUGACACGCAAAUGUGUCUACAUUGACAAUGCAUUGGGCAAGCAGGUGUCCAAGAUUCUACAGCUACUGGUACAGCGUUUGACCACCCUCGAGAAAUACGAAGAGUUUCUGCAAUCUCUACAGCAAUAUGAUCUCAAUACCACACUACAGCCCCAUUAUAGCACCUCAGCAUCGGCAUCCUAUUCAUCGACAUCCUCAUCAUCGGCCUCGUCCUCAUCGAAUGUCCAUCACAACUCAUUGACCAAGGCCUCGGUGCAGGCCUUGAACAGUCACCAGCAACAGGAUUCAUUGCAUCAUAAAAACAAUUUCUUAUCGAAUGCUGCUCAAUAUGGUGCGGGUCAUCACAACAACUCCACCAUGCCACCUGCCGCAUCAUCAUCAUCCUCCACAUCGUCGUCGAAUGCGGGUGGUACCGGCUCAGAUUCACCCAAUGCUCACGAUGUCUUCGGCAUAAUGGACUUGUGUCCAAGUUGUGCUCAAUUAGCUCAUCAAUUGACAGCCAUUGAAUUGGAUCGUCUCUCACACAUAGGACCGGAAGAAUUUGUCCAGGCCUUUGCCAAGGAAUAUCAAAACUCAAUGACCAACAAAGAGGCCAGCAAUACGACGGGUUCGGGUGGUGGUCACAUCAUGAAUACCUCGCUGAAUGACAUGAAAAAGACACGCAACUUGGAAUCGUAUGUUGAGUGGUUUAAUCGCCUCAGUUAUUUGACGGCCUCGGAAAUUGUCAAGUAUCCCAAGAAGAAGCAGCGUGUGCGUGUCAUUGAGUAUUGGAUUGAAACGGCCCGAGAAUGUUUUAAUAUUGGAAAUUUCAAUAGCCUGAUGGCCAUAAUAGCUGGUCUAAAUUUGGCACCCAUUUCAAGGCUAAAGAAAACGUGGUCUAAAGUACAAUCUGCCAAAUUCUCCGUAUUAGAACAUCAAAUGGAUCCAACAUCGAAUUUUAAUAGCUAUCGCUCAACAUUGAAAGCGGCCAUGUGGCGUUCUGAAGGUGCCACCGAAGAACGUGAACGUAUUAUCAUUCCAUUUUUUAGUUUAUUUGUUAAGGAUUUGUAUUUUCUCAACGAGGGAUGUUCGAAUAGGCUACCCAACAAUCAUAUCAACUUCGAAAAAUGUUCUCAGCUUGCCAAACAAGUAAUGGAGUUCAACGAAUGGAAACAGGUGUCGUGUCCCUUUGAGAAAUUGUCCAAUGUGAUUGCCUAUCUGCAAAACGUGCCGGUACUCAAUGAAAACACUCUGUCGAUGGCCUCGUUCGAGUGUGAGCCGCCGGAAAACACUGAGGAAAAGGAUCGCUAUAAAACGGUGAAGGCCGAAAAUAAGCAACAACUUUUGCAGCAAUUGCAAGAACAACAAAUGCAACAGCAACAACACCAGCAACAACAACAGACACAACACUAAAACUAGUAUUUUAUUUUAUUUAGUUAUAUUUUUAAUUUUAAUUUAACGAAUUGUUUUUUUUUUCAAACUACUCUCAACAAGCUUGCCAUGUUUUUUUUUUAACUACAUACAUAUACAUAAAUAAUUUUUUAUACAAAAUUUUUUUUAUUGUUGUUUUGGAACAGUGGAACUCCUCACUGGCCAUAAACGAACGAGCGAACGAGUAGAUGUAUGUUUGUUUUCAAUUAUUAUAUAUAUAUAAAACAAAUUUUAGUUUUAAAUUUUGUAUUGGUGUCAUUGAGACAUGAUGUGUGAAGAAGCCGCCGCCAAUCAAGGCAAUAACUUCAAAAGUUAUUGUGCGAUAUUUUUUAAAAAAAGAAAAACAAAACAAAUUAUAGUCGUAUUGCUUAUAUUAGAUUGUAAGAUAAUAUAUUUUUGACACACACACACCCACAUACACAAACUAAAAUUUGCAUAUACAAAAGAAAAAUGUCAAUAACAAAAAAAAAAAAAAGGGGGAAAAAUCAAUCACAUGGAAAACUGCUUAAAAAUAAUGCAAAUAUUUUUAUUUCUUUUUUUGAACAAAAGAAAAAAACGCUUAUUGCAGGCCCAUAUUUUUCUAAAAACCCCAAAACAAGAAAAAAAUGAAAAAAAAAAAAAAAAGAAAAACGAAUGCCAGUAAUGAAAAUUAUUUCUGUCGUAUUAAUCAUGUACUUAAUGCAUUUAUAACGAUAUUGUUUAUAACUUAUUUAUAAUAACAAGAAAAAAACAACAACAACUAUUUUUAGAGUCUAAACUUCGUCAAAUUUUUCCCGACGAUGCGAUAUUGAAAACUUAUAAUAAUCUCAAUAUUUUAUCUUUAUUGGAUAAAAGUAAAUCUGCUUAAGAUAUUAA